AUGGCAGGCGGCGAUGCGGGGAAGCAUCCGGAGUGGACGUGCAAGGCCUGCGUCAAGCGGGGCGUCGAGGGCCCGCUGUGCAGCAACUGGGCCAACCGCACUUCCUGCCGCAAGUGCGGCGCGACGCGGGCCAAGGGAGGCAAGACCAAGCCCACCUUGGUGCUCUCCUACGGCGGCGGCGGAAGCGGGCCGCGGCAGAGACCCAGGGUGCCUCGGCAGCCGCAGCAGGAGCCGCAGCCUGCAGCCGCGCCGCCACGCCGUGCCCCGUGGGCGGGCCAAGGCCGCCGCGUCUCUUGGGCCGACAUGAAGGUGGACGAGGGCGACGAGGACGGCGAGGCGGCCCCGGCGAGUGUGCAGGCCUCCUCGGGCCCCGUCCCCCUCACGGAGGAGCAGCUCGCCGUGGAGGUGGAGAUCCUCGAGGCGGCCAAGGUCAAAUACGGGCUCGUCGAUCUGGAGGUCGAGCGCUGGGCCCCAUCGUACCGCGGGCUGGCCGAUCGGGUGCAGCUGGUGCAGCGCAGCCAGGAGCACUUGGCAGCCCAGAAGGCCGCGGAGCCGCCGCCUGAGCCCAGGCUGGCGAACGUGCUCCCGCGGCGCGACGCCGCCGUGCAGAAGAAGGAGCGCGCCCUGGCCCGCCUGGCCGCCAAGAAGGAGGCGCCGCUCGCGCGCAAGGCGUCGGAGCUCGCCGCCAAGGAGGCCAGCCCGCCCCCGCCGCGCGCCGAGGCCGUCGUCAGCGAAAACGUGGGGCAUCUCGUCGAGCUGCUCGGCCAGGCGCGCGGCAAGGUCGGCCUCGGUGCGCCCUCCGAGAUGCAGGCCAACCUGGCGGCCCUUGCCAAGGGCGCCAAGGCCAAGGAGGAGCUGCUGCAGCAGCAGCAGCAGGCCGCCGAGCAGGCAGCCGCAGCGGAGCGUGCUGCCGCGGCCGCCGCGGCCGCUGCGACCGCUGCGGCCGCGGAGCAGGGCGACAAGGGCGGCGAGCACACGCCAGCUGGGCCCGCUGUUGACCUUGAUCUGGAUCCUGACGGCGAUGAGGCUUCCUGGGACCUGUUCGGGCUCGGCGCCGGGUCGCGUGCGGACCCCGCCGAGCUUCGAGCCGCUCGCAAGCAAAAGCUCGCCCAGCUUGUUGAGGCAGGCUGGUGCAAGCGGCGCCGGACGACCGCUGGUGCCGUGGACGGCGCUGCCCCCUCCGACGCGGCCCACAGCGGGCAGCGGCGGGGCAAGCGCAGCUCCGAGUUCGUGGUGGUCUCCGCCAAUGGCUCGGGCUGGGGGCCCCUGACAGCGCUCUGGAGCGACGAGCGCACCAUGCGCAGCCACAGGGCGGAUUGCUGGUGCGUCCAGGAGACACAGCUCUUCGCCAAGAGGCUGGCAGCUGAGGAGCAGUGGUGCAGGCAGCGCGGCGCGGCAGCCGCGCUGACGGCGGGGGACGUGGAGCAGCGCCGAGCCGCCUCGUCAGGCACAGGCGUGGUGGUGCGCUCCAACCGGGGCAUGGCGGAGCCCGAGGGCGCGGGCUCCAGGCAAGUCGACGCGGAACGACGGUGCACGGCCGCCCUCGUCAGCGGCGCGCAGCGCGGCGGAGUGCUCAUGGCCAGCGUGUACUUGGCCAACGACAGUCUGGGGGAGCGCUCCUGGGCCGUGCUGGCCCAGCUGGGGUCGGCAGUCCGCGCCGCGGGCAGACCCUUCGUCUUGGCGGGCGACUGGAACGUUGGGCCCAAGCAGCUCUGCGAGGAGGGAUCGGCUUGGCUGCAGGGCAUCGGCGGCACGGUGGUCAGUAAUGACGGCGGGCAGCCGACGAUGAGGAAGGGAUUGGACGUCGAGUCGGAGCUGGACUUCUUCGUGGUGUCCAACGACCUCCUCCACAGGCUGCAGGGAUGCAGCGUGGUUCCUGGGCCCUUCCGCCCGCGCUCGGCGGCGCGGCUACAGCUGCGCGCGCGUGGCGCGAUGCCGCUGGAGCGCAGGCUGCGGGUCCCGCGGCCCUUCCCGACGCAGAGGGCUAUCGGGCCGUUGCCGCCCCCGGUUGAGGUGCCGCCCGAGGUGCUGCAGGCCUGCGAGUCGGCCGACUCGCCAGAGGCCCUCGACGCCUCGUACUUGCAGGUGAUGCGCCUCGUGGAGUCGGAGCUGCUGGUCGUCCACCAGAUCGCGCCGGCGGACGAGGACAGCUUCAAGGGUCGCGGGCUGCCGCCCGCGUUCAAGUGGCAGCAGCCCGACUUGAGUGGGCGCGGCCAUGGCUCCAGCGCGCCCCGCCCCAAGGAGGGCACGGCGGCCAAGCGCCUGCUGGCCCGCUUGCUGGCUUGGGAACAGGAGGCCAGGGCCGAAGCGGCCAAGGAGAGGUCGAUCUUCGCGUGCGAGCGGAAGUGCGGCUUCAGCAAGUGGCUGCGCGACUCCUUGGCGCAGGGCGCGGGCCAUGCCCGCGCCUUCAGACGCGGGCCGCGCGGCUGGGUGGCGGACGAGCUCGUGGGGCCCGACGCCGAGCCCGCAUGCGGCCAGGAGCGGGUCGACAGCGCGGCCAAGUUUUGGGCCAACGAGGUCUGGACGCACCGCUCUAACUCCGCGGCCAGGGAAAGCCAGGAGGCGGAGCCUACCGGCGUGGUGGCAGCUCCUGGGGGAGAGGGGCCGUCGGCCACCGAUCCUGCGCCCGGCCUCGAAGACGGUAAGCCCGCCCCUGGGAGCGACCCGCUGAAGGGUGGGGGAGGAGGCUCGGGGGCUUGCGCCACCGCCGAGACGGACAGAGGGUCCACCCCACCAGGCCCUGCGCCAGCAUCGGCCGAGGAGGCCAGCAGCGCGCGCACUACCAGGGAGCUGUCGUCGGAACGCUGCUUGCCGCCGACCACUUCGACGGCACGGAGCACGCCGCCUCCCUUCCUGGGCUUGGCGCCCGCGCCGCAGAAGGCCCUCAGCGCGGAGGCUUUGCGGCGAGUGCGCAGCAGCGCGGGGGCGGCGUGGGCCGACUGCAUCAUCGACCUGGUCGGGCCGAUAGCGGAUAGCCCGCCAGAUGAGGCUGGGCCCGUCGGCCCGCCCGCAGCCGCCGCCAGCCUCCGCGCGAUGGCCGGGGCCGCCGGGCAGGCCGACGAGCGGCCCGCGGGCGCGGUCGGGGGCCCGCCCAGCGCUGGGUUGCCGGACCAGGCUUCCGGCAACCUCCCAGAUCAGGCCGCCGGGCGAGCCGCUGGGGGCGCCAGCCACGCCGAUGGGCACCCCGCAAGCGCGGCUGGGGGCGCGACCAGCGCUGGGUUGCCGGACCGCGCUUCCGGCAACCGCCCUGGCUUGGCCGCAGGACGCGACCCCGUUGCCGCCGGCCAAGCUGAUGGGCGCCCCGCAGGCGCGGUCGGAGGCCCGCCCUGCGCUGGGUUGCCGGACCGCGCUUCUGGCAACCGCUCAGACGACGGACGACCCGCAGGCGCGGUCUGGGGCCCGCCCGCCCUGCGGGCCGCCCCAGUGCCCGCGGCGGCGCGCGCGGCAGGAGCGGCCGCCCCCCCGAGGCUCAGCCGCCCCGCCGAGGGCCGUCGCUUCGCCCCUGGGCCAGCCCUGGUGCGCCCCCCGCUCGGACCGCCCCUCGCCAGGCCGACGGUCGAGGACGGCGGGCGGGCGGCUCGUUCCUUCCGAUGGCGACUCGGCCUCGGCGCAGACGAGUUCCAUCCGAGGCAGCUGGUGCAUGUUUCCGACCAGCUCAUGGAGUGCCUCAUCGCCCUCUGCAUGGCGACGGAGGCCACAGGCACGCUGCCGGAGGCGGUGGUCGGCGGGCUGGUGGUCCUGCUGGCCAAGCAGGGCGGAGGCUGGCGCCCGAUCGGCCUCCUCCAGCGGCUGCCUCGCUGGUGGGGCCGCGUCCGCCUUCGCGACGCCCGUGCCUGGGAGGAGGCCAUCCACGCCGAGGCGGCGGCCAAUUUCUGGGGAGGGAAAGGACGUGCCUCGGCGGAGGCCGUCUGGUGGCAGGCCCUGCACAACGAGGCCAGCCGCGCACAGGGCCUCUCGGUAGGCUGCGUGCUCCUAGACCUCUGGAAGGCUUACGAGGUGGUAAGCCUGGCGAUGGCGCAGCGGAGGGGGCUCGACAUGGGCUAUCCCGAGCAGCUGGUGCAGGCCGCCAUCUCCGUCUAUUCGGGCGCGCGGCGCCUCGUCAUUGACGGGGUCGUGAGCUCGGAGUGCUUCUACCUCUCGAGCGGCCUCAUUGCGGGCUGCAGCCGCGCGGGGAGGCUCCUGAGGUGCGCCAUGAUGGUCCUGGAUGCCGAACAUCGCCGCCGCUGGAAGGAGGUAUGUUGCGCCAUCAUGUUCGACGACUGCUCGCUGCGGAUGGCGGGCGAGUUCUGGAAGGUGGCCCACUUCCUCGGCGGAGCGGCGGGCGACUUCAUCCGCGGCCUGGAGGCGGACAUGGGCUGCGUCGUCUCGCGAUCGAAAUCCGAGGUGCUCGCGACGACGGCCGCCCUCCGCGCUGCGCUGGUGGGCAUCAUCAACGAGGGCGAGCUGAAGCAGUCAGCGGAGGCGCGGAACCUCGGGAUCGAUUACGGCGCCGCCCCGGGCGCUUCGGCGGUCGCCGUCGGCCGCCUCGCGAAGGCGACGGAGCAGGUGGACCGCGUGCUGCAGGCGAGGCGAGGGCACAUCCCCUGCGCCAAGCGGCUGGUCAUCAGCGGCUCGCUGCCAGCCACGGAUUACGGCUGCGGGGCCAUGGCCUGGACUGAGCGGAGGCUGCAGGCGUGGCGCAGCAAGGUCGCCGCCAUGCUGUUCGGCAGCGCUCCUGGGAGGUCGGUUGCGCUGAGCUUCCUGGUCUCGGAGUCGAUCCGCCACGACCCCCUGUUCCAGCACGCCUCCCAACCGCUGGACGCGUGGGCGAAGGCUCUGCAAUUGGCCGAGCGCCUGGAGGACCGCCGCGCCAUCCUGAGCGCCUUCGUGGGCGCGCAGCGCUUGGCCCAGGAGGGGGGCCUGGCCAAGCUCCCCGGGUCGGGCCCCGCGGGCGCCCUGCUGCUUGCGCGCUCGCGGCUCGGCUGGCGCAUGGCCUCAGUCCGGACGCUGCGGGGCGACCUCGGCCGCGAGGUGGAUCUCAUGGCCAGCAGCCGCCACACCCUGCAGGGCAUCGUCGAGGCAGGCUUGCGCAGGCAGCUUUGGCGUGACGCGGCAGACCAUCAUGAGGAGUUGGAGGCUCUGCGGGGCGGCGGGGCCGUCGCCAGCAUUCGUUGCGGCUUCCUGUCCAAGAAAGUGACGGCGAGGCUGGCGGCCUGCAGCUCCUCGGCACGCAACGCCUUGGUGGGCUGCCUGUGGCCGGCGGGCACGGUCCGACACCUGGCUUGGCGCUGCCCAGCACUCGACGGGCCGCGGAGGCAGCAGAAGGCAGACGGGACCAGUUUCGAGCUGCUGCAAGAGGCGGAGAGGGCGGAGCCCGACACAGGCCAGGAGCACCACAUCUGGUCACGCGGGCUGACGGUUUGCUGGAGCUGCUGGGUCUGCGCCGCCGCUGGCACCCCCGUGCAGGGGGGCCGAGUGGCCGCCCGCAGUGGAGGCUCGGGCGACGGCGCGGGAGCGACGGGAGCAGCCGUCCUCGCUUUGGCGGCCGCCGCGCUGGCGGCACGCCCUCGCGAAGAGGCUGAGGGCGGCGGCGGGGGUGAGCCCGCCCGCGAGGAGGGGCCGCCGAGGCAGGGGGCGGGCGCUGCCAGCCCAGGAGGAACGCUGGCCGGAGGGUCCGCCGCAGCGGAGGCCCCCGUUGUCGGCCCAGCAGCCGUCGGGCAGCCAGCCUGGUGGAACGCGGCGCUCCACGACUCGCACAUCCUGAUGCAGGCGGGCCCGACGGUCUUCUGCAACGUGUGCGGCUGCAACGCUGGCUCGGCGCGCGUGAUGGGGCUGGCCGAGCCCUGCCUGCGCCGAGCGUCGGAGCGCCAGCUGGAGGGGCUGCGCCGUCUCCGACGAGGGCUCCACCCAACGAGGAGCGCGGUGCUGGGGGAGCCCGCCCGCCUGGCGGGCCGAGGGCGGCCGCGGAGCCGCUCCCGAGAGCGGCGCGAGGCCGCGGCGUCCGGCGAGCGGGGCGAGGGCGCUGCUUCGGGCGCGAGGGGUAGGGGUGGGGCCUAA